AUGAAUAUUGACAGUGAGGCAAUUAAUACCAGAUAUAUGCAAUUACAUUCUCUAAAUAAGCAGAAAAAUGAGAGAGUUAAUCCGUCAGAAAUAGAUCUUGAUUACUGUGUAAAUGUGAGAGAAAGUUUCUUACUUAAUUGUAAAGGAGAAUUAAAGCAUAUCCUUAAUAUGGAGAAUAAUUUAAAUCCAAUAUGCAGCGAUGUUGAUGAACAGAUGAUGAUUAAGCUAAGUUUCGAAGAAGUGGUAUCCAUCACUCAAUUUGGGAUAAAAGCUUUCAAGCAGAGCAAUCAGGGGCAAGUUAUAUGUAGUUCACCUAAACUUGUCAAAUUGUAUGUCAAUUCACCAUUAAGUGACUUUAGUGAAAUUGAAGAUAUGAAACCUUGUCUUACCAUUAACUUUAAACAGGAUGAUACUGAAAAUUGUCAAAUGAAAAUUCUCCCAGGAUCGAAGUUUUAUAGAGUUAAACAUUUAACUAUAUUUAUUCAGGAAAAUCAAGAUAAUGUCGAUACUUCCUUUUUAAAUUAUAUAAAGAUAAUGGGUUAUGUACUUGCAUCUUGA